GCAUUCCCCCAGAGGAUUUUGUCCGUUUGCAGAAAGUUGUGUCAGAUUGGUGGAAGCAAUAUGCUAGUAUCGAUAUGCUGAAAGUCUUAAUUAGACAGUUUAAGGAAGAGGUGGGUCUUGUUAACAUUGAAAACACAAAUAGUGUGAUGGCUUUAUUUAGUUUACUGAAAGCAAAUGGUUUAAUCAGCAUUUCAGAACAUGCCCUUAUUUUUGAGGCUGUUAAGAUUUGUCGGCUUGAUGGUGUUCAGUCAGAUAUUAACAAAAUAAAGCCAACGUUUAAAAGUUUUAAAUUAGAAGAUGUGGAAAUCAGGAUAUUUUCCCCAUAUAGACAAAAUCUGAUCAGAUUUGGCAAAAAUUUGGACAGGUCGUCUAUUACUGAAAUUGGUUACUUUUAUGAAAUAAAUGAGAAAGUACACAAUGGGGAUCCAUGGCUUCUAAUAUGUGCACUGGAAGACAACAAAGUUAUCAAAGAAAAUUCAGCAGAGGAUUUGAUCAAAACAUUGAGAUCAAACAGAAUGGGCGCUUAUGCGGAUAUAUUAGAACCUAAAAUCUGGACCGAGUAUUUAUAAAAAUGUUAACAUCAAU